AUGUUCGGCUUCCCCCAUCCGUGUACAACCAUCCACCAUCCGCUUUCGCGAUAUACUUCAAAACGCAUCUCUGGCUCCUGCAUUCGAUCUCGGCCCUGCCUCAUACAAACACUCUUUAUCCAUAAAUUCAUUCUCUCUCCUUCUCUCUCGGUGUUUCCUCCUUCUUUCAUCCCUCUGUCCUUUGCAUUUUGUCUCGUCGUCGCAAGACCCAAUAUCGCAUUUGUCGUCGCUUUCGCAACUCUCCUAGAUUCUCAUUCAUCUGUUGUGUCCCGUGUCUCGCUCGUUAUCCUGUUUUCAGUCGUUUGUUGUGUUUGCUGCUUCCUGCAUCUUGCUCAUUGUCGAGGAAAAUGGAAAUACAUUGUAGGUUAA